AUGACCAAAGUACACUAUACUGUGGUGACAGAUUUCAUUCUCCUGUCUCACCCCCCGAAUCUAAGAACCCUCCUCUUCCUGGUCUUCUUCUUCAUUUACAUCCUGACUCAGCUCGGGAACCUGCUCAUCCUACUCACCGUGUGCGCUGACCCCAAGCUCCACACCCGUCCCAUGUACAUUCUCCUAGGCGUGCUCUCAUUCCUAGACAUGUGGCUGUCCUCGGUCAUUGUUCCUCGAAUUAUGUUAAACUUCACUCCUGCCAGCAAGGCUCUCCCUUUUGGAGGCUGUGUGGCUCAAUUAUAUUUCUUUCACUUCCUGGGCAGUACCCAGUGCUUCCUCUACACCUUGAUGGCCUAUGACAGGUACCUGGCAAUAUGCCGGCCCCUGCACUACCCUGUGCUCAUGAGUAGGAGGCUCUGCACCAUCCUAGUGGCUGGAGCAUGGGUGGCCGGCUCCAUCCAUGGGUCUAUCCAGGCCACCCUCACCUUCCGCCUGCCCUACUGUGGGCCCAACCAAAUAGAUUACUUUAUCUGUGACAUCCCUGCAGUGUUGAGACUGGCCUGUGCUGACACAACAGUCAAUGAGCUGGUGACCUUUGUGGACAUCGGGGUAGUGGCCGCCAGUUGCUUCAUGCUCAUCCUGCUAUCCUAUGCCAGCAUCGUCCAGGCCAUUCUGAAGAUCCGCACUGCAGAUGGGAGACGCCGGGCCUUCUCCACCUGCGGCUCCCACCUGACCAUGGUCACCGUCUACUACGUCCCCUGUAUUUUCAUCUACCUUCGGGCUGGCUCCAAGAGUCCCCUGGAUGGGGCAGUGGCUGUGUUUUACACUGUGGUCACCCCAUUACUCAAUCCCCUCAUCUACACACUGAGGAACCAGGAUGUGAAGGCUGCGCUGAGGAGGAUGACAGCAGGGUGCAGGCUUGUCAAUGAAAAUAGGUAA